AUGCCGGUGAACGUUACAAUCAUGCCGGUGAACGUUACAAUCAUGCCGGUGAACGUUACAAUCAUGCCAGCGAACAUUGCAAUCAUGCCGGCGAACGUUACAAUCCUGCCGGUGAACGUCACAAUCCUGCCAGUGAACGUCACAAUCCUGCCAGUGAACGUCACAAUCCUGCCAGUGAACGUCACAAUCCUGCCAGUGAACGUCACAAUCCUGCCAGUGAACGUCACAAUCCUGCCAGUGAACGUCACAAUCCUGCCAGUGAACGUCACAAUCAUGCCAGUGAACGUCACAAUCAUGCCAGUGAACACUACAAUCAUGCCAGUGAACACUACAAUCAUGCCAGUGAACACUACAAUCAUGCCAGUGAACACUACAAUCAUGCCAGUGAACACUACAAUCAUGCCAGUGAACACUACAAUCAUGCCAGUGAACACUACAAUCAUGCCAGUGAACACUACAAUCAUGCCAGUGAACACUACAAUCAUGCCAGUGAACACUACAAUCAUGCCAGUGAUCACUACAAUCAUGCCAGUGAUCACUACAAUCAUGCCAGUGAACACUACAAUCAUGCCAGUGAACACUACAAUCAUGCCAGUGAACACAACAAUCAUGCCAGUGAACACUAUAAUCAUGACAAUGAACACUACAAUCAUGCCAGUGAACAUUAAGAUCUUGCCAGUGAACAUUACAAUCAUCACAGAGACCAAUCUCCGCGCAGAACUAGACCACAGAGACCAAUCUCCGAGCGGGAAUCAAUGCACACAUUUUGAAUUGCUUUGA